AUGUUCCCCUGGGGGCUGAGCUGCCUGUCAGUGCUGGGGGCGGCAGGCACUGCUCUCCUGGGCGCCGGCCUGCUGCUCAGCUUGGCCCAGCACCUCUGGACCCUCCGCUGGACGCUGAGCCGAGACCGGGCCUCCGCCCUGCCCCUGCCCAAGGGCUCCAUGGGCUGGCCCUUCUUCGGUGAAACGCUGCACUGGCUAGUUCAGGGCUCGCGCUUCCACAGUUCCCGCCGGGAGCGCUAUGGGACCGUGUUCAAGACGCACCUGCUGGGCAGGCCGGUCAUCCGCGUGAGCGGCGCGGAGAACGUGCGCACCAUCCUGCUGGGCGAGCACCGCCUGGUGCGCAGCCAGUGGCCGCAGAGCGCGCACAUCCUGCUGGGCUCGCACACACUGCUAGGCGCGGUCGGCGAGCCACACCGUCGGCGGCGCAAGGUGCUGGCGAGCGUGUUCAGCCGCGCGGCGCUGGAGCGCUACGUGCCGCGCCUGCAGGGGGCGCUGCGGCGCGAGGUGCGCUCCUGGUGCGCCGCGGGAGGGCCGGUCUCCGUCUACGACGCCACCAAGGCGCUCACCUUCCGCAUGGCCGCCCGCAUCCUCCUGGGGCUGCGGCUGGACGAGGCGCAAUGCGCUACUCUGGCCGGGACCUUCGAGCGGUUCGUGGAGAACAUCUUCUCGCUGCCCCUGGACGUGCCCUUCAGCGGCCUGCGCAAGGGCAUCCGCGCCAGGGACCAGCUGCAUCAGCACCUGGAGGAGGCCAUCGCUGAGAAGCUUCACGAGGAUAAGGCUUCGGAGCCCGGUGAUGCCCUGGACCUGAUCAUUCAGAGCAGCAGGGAGCUGGGCCAGGAGCUCUCAGUGCAGGAGCUGAAGGAGUCGGCUGUGGAGCUCCUCUUCGCCGCCUUCUUCACCACGGCCAGUGCCAGCACCUCCCUCAUCCUGCUGCUACUGCAGCAUCCGGCGGUUGUCACCAAGAUCCGGCAGGAGCUGGUGGCGCAGGGGCUGGGGCGCGCCUGCGGGUGCGCGCCCGGGGCCGCCGGGGCGGUCGCGGGGUCCUGGCCCGACUGCGGCUGCGAGCCGGAACUGAGCCUCGCGGCGCUGGGCCGUCUGCGCUACGUCGACUGCGUGGUCAAGGAGGUGCUGCGCCUCCUGCCGCCGGUGUCCGGCGGCUACCGCACCGCACUGCGCACCUUCGAGCUCGACGGCUACCAGAUCCCCAAGGGCUGGAGCGUGAUGUACAGUAUCCGGGACACGCACGAGACGGCCGCGGUGUACCGCAGCCCUCCGGAGGGCUUCGACCCGGAGCGCUUCGGCUCGGCGCGCGAAGAUGCGCGGAGCGGCUCCAGCCGCUUCCACUACAUCCCGUUCGGUGGCGGUGCGCGCAGCUGCCUCGGCCAGGAGCUGGCGCAGGCUGUGCUCCAGCUGCUGGCGGUGGAGCUGGUGCGCACCGCACGCUGGGAGCUGGCCACACCCGCCUUCCCUGCCAUGCAGACGGUGCCCAUCGUGCACCCGGUGGAUGGGCUGCGGCUCUUUUUCCACCGGCUCGCACCUUCGGCUGCAGGGGAUGGGCCAUGCCUGUGA